UCAACAAUACAUUGCGUCACUGUGUUUUUGUGGGGGUCUGGUUCUUGAUAUAUGCUUGUUACCCAGACCAAACAGACGCCAAUUUGUAUGAAAGUAGCGCAGGUGUAGCGUUAAUUUAGCAGUACAGCUUGUGCACCACCUUUGUUGAUAGAGGUGACAAGAAACAUGUCGACAGAGAAGCAAAGUAACCAGGACGAAAAUUUGCAGGGUUCUUGGGUGGAGCUGCACUUUAAUAAUAAUGGAAAUGGGAGUGUUACACAAAAUGGAGGGCAGGACCAGGUGCCAGCUUCGAUUCACAAUGGAGACAUCGAAAACAUGCUUCUAGAUGCACAGCAUGAAUCUGGCAGAAGUAGCUCCAGAGGAAGCUCUCAUUGUGACAGUCCUCCACGGUCUCAGACUCCCCUUCAUCUCCGGAGAGGGUCUGAGGUGCACAGCAGUGGAGAGAAAAACAGCUCUCAGUCUGAAGAGGAUUACCUUGAAAGAAGAAGAGAAGUAGAAAAUAUAAUGAAGAAAAAUGCUGACUGGAUCUGGGACUGGUCAAGUCGACCAGAAAACGCUCCACCAAAGGAAUUCCUGUUUAAGCACCCUAAACGGUCUGCCACACUUAGUAUGAGGAACACGAGUGUAAUGAAGAAGGGGGGAAUAUUUUCAGCAGAGUUUCUGAAAGUUUUCCUGCCAUCCUUGUUUCUCUCUCACAUACUCGCCGUGGGUCUUGGGAUCUACAUUGGAAGGCGUCUAACAACCUCUACAAGCACCUUCUAAUAAGAUACUGCAAGACUUCUGUCAUCGUUACCAUUAAAAACAUGGCAUGCCUCAGUGUGUUGCUUUGUAGAUGCAGGUAAAAAGAAAACCUAGUGACUUGCUUUAUCGUAUUUUCUGAGUGCUGCACCGCUUCUGUCUCUUAUGGAUACCAUUUGCUAAAUUCAGGAAGCUGUUUUGAAUCACAAAAGCCAGAAAGUAAUUGUCAAUUGCCAUGAUUUUACAUAAAACAAAUAUGUAUUUUUUUCAGCAGAUUUCAAAACUGAUAUAAAAAAUCUUAGUGUUUUAGCAAGAAUAAGAUUCAUUACUGUUAAGCACAAAGGUAUUGGGCAGCAGAAGGGGGUAAUUGUCAGGGCUCAGGACUCAUAACUGGAAGUUAUCCCAGCUAGUGCACUAUUAUUGUACCCCUGAACAAGAUACAUCACAUAGAUUGCUUCAGUAGAGUGCAAUGCUGUAUAAAUAUAAAUUGCUUUGGGAAAAAGCAUCAUCCAAAUAAAUUUAAUUAUAUUAAUAAUACCAGUUUUAUCUGAUUUUAAGAUGAACAGUUAUAACUGUGAUAAUUUCUGAUGUUUAAACAUAGGGAAAAAGUAAAGGAAAAAAUAAACUGAUGGAAAUUGAGCUAUUUGUUGGAGGAAAAUUAAAACUUUUCUCUGAAAACAAUGUUCCUAAAUUCAUGUUUUUAGAUUGAUAUUAAAAUAUAGAGAACCUGUUUUCUUGAAAGAUAUAAGGACUCAGUUUUCUAUUGUAACUGACUACAGUAAUGUUACAAAAUAAGAGAUUUAAAGAAAGCGAUACAUUCUGUAUUCUUUUGUAUUGUUCCAGUAGUACCAUAGUCUAAGAUUUGUACGUUAUAUCAGACUGGUUACAUAAAACUGGAAGUAUUUGUAGUUUCCUGCUUUUCUUCUGAAUGUAAAUAUCAUAGGACUAACACCUUGAGAGACAUGGAAAAAAGACCAUAUGGCCACUAUGUGUAAUGUCAAUCGUUUUAAAGUCAACAUCAUUUUACAGCAAAUAGAUAGUAUUGCUAAGAAAAAGUAAUUUAUAUGCAGGAGAUAGAAUAGUGGGAUAAGUCUUUUUUGGUUAUUGACUAAUUCUGUGUAAAACUUUUAAGCAUAUUGUGUUUUGGCCAAAAGGUAAUCUUAAAAGCUAAAUAUGUCUUGCAAAUGAACCACAAAACAGUGGUUCAUGUUUUUGAAACACAAGUUUUUGAUGCUUUCAUGUUUAUGCUUUAACUUUAAGGUUAAAUGUUUUGAUUGCAUUUUUAAUUAAACACUUCAAAACCAAAGGUAUAGAAGUAAAAAUAGCAUUUUAUGUGAAUACCUGCAGAAAAAAAUAAAAAGCCUAUCAUAAUAAAUGAAUGCCUUUAAAAACAAUGGAGUAACUAAUGUCCAGGCAUUAGUUUCAUCUCUGAGUAAUCCAUAUCUGCAUUCAAAAUAAUCAUUUGUAUCAGGAUCCCCAUGGUGGUCAAGGCCAAGCUACCAGACACUUGUGUUUUUGUGUCUGCUGUGUCUUGUGUUUUGGCUGUUGUUAACACAUUAGCAUCAUUGGUUAGUUUUUGUUUUAGCAAAUUGCAGUUUUAAAGAGCUGUUAUGCUUUCUGCACUAAAUGUGGAAAAAGUUAGUAGUACAGGACAGUAUGCACUUUCGGUUGAAAAUAUUUCUCCAAAGACUAAUAAUAGAUUCAUCUGUGACCAGAAAUGUUUGUUUUAUUUAUGCUUUGUGUUUGACUAAUAGAAAUUGUAUUUAUGUUGUUGGUGUUGUUCUAAAGAUAGCCUUAUGUAGUAAUCAAUGCCAGUUAUGCAGUGAGAUUGUUGGACCUGACUUUUAAAAAUGACAGGAAUCAACCUAUUUGUCCUGUGUUUUGGGGUUUUAACUAAAACCAGCUGCAUAUGCAGAUGUUUUGACUGUUAAUAUAUGGUGAUGGCACAAAACUUCUUAAAAUCCAGUGUAUUUAAUGCAUGUUUUGUUUUAGAAGAUGAAUAAAAAUUUCUGAUGACUAA